UACUUUCCGUCACCUUGCGAUAUCUUCCGAUCGGGUUCCGUCGUCCUGCGACUUCGAUUCCCCGCCCAGUUCACAGAUCUCCUCCAGUAAGCAAAUCUUCGUUUCCCACUCGGCAUUUUGCUUGAUCCGUUCCGUUCCUCUCUCCACUCCAUGGUUUUCGGAUUUAUAGCGGGUCGAUCGACACCCUUGCUCUUCAUCCGGGGCGGUCUAAUGGUAGCACAACCGCGCUGAGUCAGGAGCAGUGCUUGUUCUUCAGAAGAGCUUUUUCUUUGGAGGCAGAGGUUAAUGAUAGCUUCAAACAAAUAUAACCGUAUGAAAUAUUUGUUGGAUAAGACGACAAAGGAGAGACAAGUUUGAGAGCUCAGAGCCAAUGGAAGAUUCAUUCUCUCGCAGAUUUUCCCAACUGAUUAACUUGGCCAACCAGAAUAGUGAAGCACAACUUGGGGGUGAUACUCCUGCUCGUCGACGAGUGAGCUAUUACGCAGCUCGGAGCAGGUCUUUGAGAUGGCACAAUGUGUUAUCUGAUAAUGACAAUGAUGCUCUUGAUCAAUCGGACUUGGUGUUUGGUGAAACUGACUCCAGUUUUAGUUUUGGUGGUUAUGGAGGAGAAUCAGAUGCCUCCCUGGAUACACAUAGCAUACUUGAUAGAGAAAUGUCUUUUCAACUUGAGAAUGAGAGCUAUGUUUCCACUGACACAGACAUCGAUCCAAUGCAUGCAGGACUCGAUUUAUUUGAAUUUGAUGCCCGAUAUGACAAUGUUGGUGAUGAUCGUGAUUAUGGUGACUGGAUAGGCACAAAUUUGGUUGAAGCAAAUAGGUCUGUUCACACACAUCAGCAAUUUGAGGAUGCUAAUUUCAGUCCUAGUGGUAGUGGUAUGGCAGGUGCCCAAGAUGGUUCCUGGUUCCAGCAGACGGAAGGAGAAACUCAAUCUCGACAUGCUGACUUUUUUACUGAUUUAGACGUAGUGGAACUAAGACGAGCAUAUGUUGGGAACCCAGGAGAUUAUCUUGAUGACGAGGUGCUUGAGCAGCUUGCAGAGGCUGCUGGCUCAAGCGGGGCACCUCCUGCAGCAGUGUCCUCGGUGAGAAUUCUCCCGUCUGUAGUCAUUUCUGAUGACCAUGAGAAUAAUGGUAUUCAGAUUUGUGCUGUAUGCAAGGACCCGUUGCCUAUAAAUACAGAAGCAAAGCAGCUUCCCUGUAUGCACCUAUAUCAUCCUUUCUGCAUCUUACCAUGGUUGAAAAUAAGGAACUCAUGCCCGGUUUGCAGAUAUGAGCUUCCAACUGAUGAUCCAGAUUAUGAGGAGGCGAAAAGGGACCAGAACAGAAAUGAAAGGCAUGAGUCUUGGCCCCCAGACAGGGCUGAGGAAACCUAUGAAGCAUUUACAGAACUGGAGACCGAUGAAGCUCAUGAUUUUAGUAAUGCAAGAGCUGAGCAUGAUAGUUUAGAGGGUGCUGUCGAGGAGGCGAAUAGAUCAAGUGGAGAGAGCAGCAGAGGCAGAUGGAUGUUUCUUGCGGCCGCUCCAAUUGUUAGUUUGGUCGGUUUCGUUCUUGUUGUCUGGCUAAGAAAACCUGCGGUUUACGGGAGAACUCAGGGAAGCAACUUUAGCGAGCGUCAUCUCCACCAAACACGGGGCUCCACUUCUCCAGCAGAUAGAAAUAGGAGAUGGUGGUCUAUCUUUUAGCUGCAAUCCAUUUUGCAGUCGGUUUCAGCUGUCUUGUGCUUCUGCGCCAGAAUUCAAUGAAGCUGCUGAUAUCAACAUAUGCUCCUGUCAGCAUCUCUGUCAUAUAGUUUGUUUUUGUGUUUCUGAAUCCUUCAAUCUGCUCAUCGUCUCAUGAAGGCGCGACCAUGAAAGGUGUGCGUUUUGUUUCUUUACUCUUGAGAUCAAUCAAUUUGUGGGCACUCAUGCGAUGUUACACGCUCAUCGAUGUAUCUGAUUUCAUGUAACGUGCAACUUGAGCUUGAUUUA